CGAUGAUGAAAAACAGAAAGCAGCCUCAGCCGCGCAAAAAAGCUUGCCAGGGUUGUACGACCGCCAAGGUUCGGUGCGACCUUGAGAAGCCGAGCUGCUCGCGGUGCCGGGCACGUGGUAAGCAAUGUCGGUAUUGUUGGGGCUCGGUCUGCUCGGAUGGUCUGGGUCUAGGUGACCCCGCGACGUUGGGUAACAGAAGCCCCCUUGAUGAGAGCCUCAGCUUUCAGCCAAUCCUUACGGGGGAUUCUACGGCCUUUGCCACUGCAGAAUUCCUAAGCCCCAUCUCUGGUCAGGCAUCCGAGAUACUACCCAUUGGUCCUGAGCCUGAAGCAACGCCCACAGUGGACACUGGCUUGGACUUUGACAAUAUUGAUCUUGUGCCAAUGACAGACGCAGAAGAGAUCCGAGAUCGCUGGUUGCGCACUUACCUAUUUUCUGCCACGGGAGAGGUGCCUAAGCUGUUUAGCCUCUUCACUGUCCAAUUUGUUACCUGUGUGCUUCGUUCAUAUCCCGGCCGUCUCAUUGAGAAUCAUGGCCUUCCACCGUUUAUUCAUCCACUGCAACUCAGCAAUAAACCGAUGCCUGGAACGAUGGCCAAUUGUAUUUCUCUGGUGCGCAUGUGGAUGAACAGAGUCGCCGGAAGCGAGGGGAUGAUAUUAAGUACCGUCAAACAGGAGAUGGAGACAAUAUCUCGUGGGGAUGCGAUAGGUGAUCUCGAAAUUGUAUGCGCUUUCCAGGCAUAUCUCAUCUAUUUAAUCACAGCCUACUUCUUCCCGAUCGGUAAUACGUCUCUAGUCGAUGACUCGAGUUUGAUAACCAUACAAAACUUGGCAUUUCGCACCGCAAAGGCAGGUUUUACCUGCAAAGCGGAGUUGUCACACAUGGCCCCGACUUGGGAAUCUUGGAUUAUUGCCUCGUCCAAGCGACGUACUUUACUCACGAUGUAUCUCUUCACAAAUGUGUACAAUUUCGACAAGGGUAUCCCGAAUUUUUUAUCCAAAGAAUUGGGCAAUACACUCGCUCCAGAGAGCAAGGUAUUGUGGGAGGCAUCUGACCGGCUUUCUUGGACAAAGGAGUACAAUCGCUACCUCUCAAAGUGGGAAGAUGGACUGCUGCAGAUUUCGGAGCUAUGGCAGUCGCCGGAGACGGGCUCGGAGGCAAAAAGAAAGCGCAUUGAGCGAUGGUUGCAAGCAACAGAUGAGUUUGGAAUGAUGCUCUUCGCGGUUUGUGCACAUAUCCAUGGUUGUUAA